CGGCUCCACACGCCCAUGGCAGCCAGUGGUCCUGCUCUGCUCCGGCUCAUCAUGAGGGGUCUCCCCAUCUUGAGCUUCCUCCUGGCAGUAGCCUUCAGCCAGAAGAUGUUCAGUGGAGACCAGGUUCUCCGCAUCAGGGCCAAGGACCAGAAGCAGCUCCAAUUACUCAGGAAUCUAGAGGACUCCGAAGACCUGAAGGUUGAUUUCUGGCACGCUCCAGCCAGGUCCAGCCUCCCCGUGGAUAUGAGAGUUCCUUUCUCUAACCUGAACGCCGUCAAAAACUAUCUGAAUUCCAGCGGCAUCUCCUAUACCAUCAUGAUAAAGGACAUCCAGGCGCUGUUAGAUGAGGAAAAAAAAGGCAUGUCGUCCUCCCGGAGACUGGAGAGGAGUACUAGUAGCUUCAGGUACAAUGCUUAUCACACUCUAGAGGAGAUCUACACCUGGAUGGACAAUUUAGUGGCUGAACAUUCAGACCUGGUCUCAAAAAUUAUGAUUGGUCAAACCUUUGAAAAACGUCCCAUUUUUGUGCUGAAGUUCAGCACCGGAAACAAGAGCCGGCCUGCUAUCUGGAUCGACAGCGGCAUUCACGCUCGGGAGUGGAUCACCCAAGCAACCGGCGUGUGGACGGCCAUGAAGAUUGUCAUGGAUUAUGGGGAAGAACCCGUGCUGACCAAUAUCUUGAACCACAUGGACAUUUUCCUUGAAGUUGUCACCAACCCUGAUGGAUUUGCCUACACCCACAAUAUGAACCGUCUGUGGCGCAAGAACAGAGCCGUCAAUUCCAACUCCACUUGCAAGGGUGUAGAUCCCAACAGGAACUGGGAUUCUGGCUUUGGAGGUGUUGGUUCUAGCAAUAAUCCCUGCUCGGAGACUUACCAUGGCCCCUUCCCUCACUCUGAGCCAGAGGUGGCCUCUAUUGCGAAUUUCAUCCAGAAGCACAAGCAUUUCAAGGCCCUGAUGUCCAUCCACAGCUAUUCCCAGAUGCUCUUGUAUCCCUAUGGCUACAGGAAGGAGCCUACUCUUGAUAAUGAGGAGCUGCAUAAUCUUGCCCGCAAGGCAGUGGAAGCUCUCUCCCAAGUUCAUGGAACCGAUUACGUCUAUGGAAGGGCCAUCAGCACCAUCUAUGUGGCCAAUGGGAUUACUAUUGACUGGGCCUAUGAACAUGACAUCAAAUAUUCCUUUUCCUUUGAGCUGCGGGACACUGGGGUUUAUGGCUUCUUACUGCCUGCCAGUCAGAUCAUCCCUACAGCUGAAGAGACGUGGCCAGCCAUCCUGACCAUUAUGAAGCAUGCCUAUAAUAAUCCCUACUAGCAACUCUAUGUGCAGCCACCAUCUGAGGAAGAAGCUUUUUUUCUCAGUCCAACCCGAGUCUAUCCUUGGAACCAGAAUUAUUCCUUUCCUUUGUCCCCAUAUCUAUCCAACCUCCCCAUGUUCUUUCUCCUUCAAAUAAUAAAAAAAAAACAAGUUUUAGCCCC